UUUGCCAAUUUUCGCGGGUUUUGUAUGAGUGUCUUUGUUUUGGUUUUUCUCGAGGAAGUUUUUGAAUUAAUGCCAAAGAAGUUUAAUUUAAUUUAAUAACCAUGUCUGAAGAUGUGUUGAAGACUCUUCUGAGUUAUGGAAGAAAGUCGAGUAGUAAAAGCGACUCCAAAGAAUCUCUUCACAGCUUUGUUGGAAACCUGAAUUUGUCUGAUAUGACAGAAUUGGUCACAAAAAGAAUCUCAGUUCCAGAUGGUGUUCAAGCGUUGAAAUAUCUUAUACAAGGUCUGGGAUUUGACAACAAGCUUCAUAUAAAGAGAUUAAAGCUGUGUGAAGCUGUUUUAAGAGCAGCCCAGGAACGUGAACUGCCUGGUAGAGUACUGCUUGACCUUGUUUUGCCAAUCGCUCUGGAAGCCGAAAAGUUUUCAACACCGCAUUUAGUGAGGCUGUGUGAAUUAUGUGUUGAUUUCAUCCCAUCCAGCAAAAACUCAUCCCAAACUUGCUGGAAAGACCUCUUGCCGAAGCUCAUGAAUGUAAUCGAGACUCGGAAAGAUGUGGAUCACGGAGGUACUGAAAUGUCUGGCACUGAGUUCAAAAACCGUAUUGUACAAACUAUUUGUGUCUUGAGUUGGGAACCGCCUAUUGUCACAUCUCUGACUGGCAUGUUCAUUGAACUGAGACUUGCCGUGGACAGAUUGGGAGAAGUGGUCAAUAAGCUCUGCAAACUGAUCGAUGAUCUGCCAGUAGAGGAAAUCCCUCCAUUUGUUCAUCAACUCCUAGAUCUGUGCAAAGAACAUCAUGCAAAUAAUGUAUUCCUUGCACUGAGACGAUACUUUGAUGAGUACAUUUAUAAGCUGGAUACAGAUCACCAACUUCCCAACUCUUUGGAUGCUGAAUCUGAAGACAUGAUAGCCGAAUGUCGGGAGAAGAGUGGCAUAAAUGAGUGUGAAAGCAACGUGCUGUACCACAUUGAAGAAGCGGCAGUGGUUGGUCACUCCUGCGUCAAUCAGCUGUUGAGAUUUGCCAAAGCAUCGAGCAAUUGUCCCGAGCUCAUGAUCGACCCAUUCCUUCUAGCUGUAUUCCUGUCUAUCGCUUCCAUUUCGACUUAUGAAACACAGGUGAUCUCUCUACUUAAAAAUGCUUUUAUAAGAAAACUGAAUGAAGAUGAAAAGAAGACUGAAUCUGCUUGGCUGAGAACGAUGAUGCCUAAACAUUGUGACUUGGAAAAAGUGAUCUCUCGACUGGUCGGUAGCAGCGCCUGCAGCCGUGACAAAGUCUUGAAAGGAAUGAUCAAUUUCAGUUUCUCGCUAAUGUCUUCCAAGAAGAGUCCUGUACUCCAGAAUCCAGAACCACUGUGGAAGCUGGGGCACAUCAUGAUCGUGAUGCUUGUAAAACGACAGAGACAUGUCACUUCCACCGUCUUGCAGCAACUCACCACUUCCAUUUGCUACGGUCAAAGUGAAUACCACCUAACUGAUUGUUUGUACAGAAUAUGUGAGAUCGGAACGUUUGUGGUGCUUGAAAAUCAGUCGGUUCUAGUGAAUUUCUUCGACUUUCUCAAUCAGUUGCCUGGCGAGACAGCGGAGAGUGUGGUGUCAGCAAUAAUCCCUGUCGUACGCAUCUCCACUAAACUGAGGGACAACCUCAUCCUUGUUCUACGCAAAGCGUUGUUUUCAAAAGAGAUAGAGAGUAGGAAAAUGGCAGUGAAUGGGUUUCUAAAACUAUUGAAAUACCUCAAAAUAAAAUCGCUGUCUGCCUUGAGCCAAGGUAGUAGCUUUUCCAUGUUCAAUACUCCAAGUCUAUUCAGUCAGCUUUGCACUGAAGUUCACUGCUCACAACCUGUUAACAGCAACUCGAACGAAGUUAUUUGCUUGGAAUUAGUUGGAGUCCUGAAACGAUGCUUGAUGCUUCAGUGCCCGGUGAAGAUGGUGCUGUAUGAUGGACUGGAUGGAAUGAUCAAGAUGAAUCCCGAAGUGGCACCCAACAUUAUGGAGAUUCUGCUGAAGCAUCUCUGUAAUUUCUAUGUCACUGAUCAAGGUCUUCUUUCUCCUUUCGAUUUCAACAAAACGGUGGCCAUUCAGGGAGCUGAGGCAGUCGUACAGGAACCUCUGGGAUAUCUGCUGUUGGCAACUCAGGAAAUUCUGGUUCGCGUCCAGCAAAAUAAGUCUGAAGAUAAUGAUGAGGAUGAUGAAGAUUUUUGUCCCAGCUUCAAUAAGUUGAGUGAGCUGCUCAAUUCAGCCUCUCAACGUCUUUCACGGUGCGAUCUCAAUCACUUUGAAUUGGAUGAAGAAACAAAUCUGCUGGAUAUUCUACCUGAAUGCCUUCAACGGCAACAAGUCCUCAUACAAAUUCUUGCCACAUACGAAUCCAUGAUGGCUUUCAUAGUCAAUUCUUGGACUGUGGAAUGCACCAAUCAGCAAGCUCAAAUUCUGCAUAGUUUGUUCAAAGGAUUCAGCCUUCUGUAUGAUUACAUCAAGAAUUGCAAACCUAGCAAGAAGAAGGAUGCCAAUAAAAAGCCCAAAGAAAAGUCUGAUUCUGGAAAGAAAGUUCCAACUUUCAAACCUCCCGAAACAAUUCUCAAUCUGCGCACGCUGAAUCGUUUCUUAGAGCUUCUACUGUGUGAAGAUGUGGAAUGGGUGAAUAAAGAAGCAGUUGGAGAAAUAAAAAAUCGCAGAUCGCUGAUAAGAUAUGUGUUCCAUGCCACCUGGGAAGCCAUCCAGCACAUCAGCAAAGACAAGCGAAUGGGAUCACGUGCUCUCAAAGAUUGCUGUACUCUUGGCCGAAUACUCCAUAGAAGAUGCCUGGCGCGUUACACAGAGUUGAGUGACUUCGACUCACCGGCAGCCGUACUGAGCGUGGAAUGCUUCUCGGAACUGAUGUCGUUCAUAGUGACGCGACACAAGUCCAAGCUGCCAGCCUUCUUGGCCGAGAUCGGCAAAGUGCCGACCGAGUCGGGCUUGUCGGCGCAACUGAAGCCGUUCGUUCGAAUCUACCAGCAGCUGUUGGUCGACUCGGCCACCGACGAGGACACAGACCAAUCCAACCUCAACAAACUGUUGCUCUCCGUUUUGAAUGGAUUGUCAACCAUAGCCCUUCAACUGCCAGUGCAUCAGUCGUUGUCCUUGAAGCUAACUGAUUGGCUUUUAGAGUUUGGUCAGAAAAAGACGUUACCGCCAGGAGUUCAUACGAAAACCUUCUUGAACCUCCUUCUGAAUAUGCUACUAAGAUGCAAAACUGAUGCAUCACUCCUGGAUAACAUGGCGCUCCAGCUAUGCCAUAUUUUUGGAACAUAUAAUGAUGAAGAAGUAGAAGAAUGCAAGCUGAAUCUAUCUGUGCUGAAUGAAGCAGUGGCAUUCACUGCAUUGCCUAUGCUAUGCAAUACUCUCAUCACGGUAUUGGACAAUAUAAAAUGGGUUCUCUUGAGACUGAGAUCGGAAGUUUCAGUCCUCUCUCUCCCAGCAUCCUCAGCAAGCAGUCCGAAUUCAAGACGAACAAGCCGCAAGCAGAGAGAGAAGGAGCUGGUGCACGAGGCUGGCAUCUGCGUGAACGUGGCGCAGACCAUCGCCAGUCUGUCGGUGUCGCCGGGCGCAUGCACAGACGCCGUCUUCCAGCUGCUCACACGCACCUACACCACACUCACCGACAUCACCAAGUACUUCACUGCCACCUGCUCUCCGCAGACGCCUGCCUACCAGGAGGCCAGGUUUGGAAAAGUGGUAAAACUUGCUGGAUUCCAUCUAUCCACUCGAGUUGGCGAAUUGAUUCUGUACGUUGAGGAUCCAGUCAAUGAGAAAGAGAACAAGAAGAAAGAGAGCCAGAUCGUUCGCGAAGCUAGAAAACUGACUCAAUACAUUCCUAAGCUGGUUUCAGAACUAGAACAUUUCAAUAGAUGUGUAAACAUUCUUAGUACCAAGUGUAAGGAUAAAGGAUUAGCUGACUGUCUCAAGCUGGCAACAUUCCGAGACUUCAGAUUGAAUACCAAAAAAGUUGAAGAAAUCAUGAACCAAAAUCAUACUGUUUUCGAGGAAAAUAUGGAACUCGAAGACGAGGAAGAAGGAAAUAGAGAGGAGAAUACACAAGAAAAGCCGCUAACCAACAGCAGUCACUCAUCUCAGUCGUCUCAGCCGAAAACCAAGAAACGUCGUACUACUAAGUGAACCAAGUGCAAUUAUUAUGUAAUAUUAAGUAUUAAAAACGUUAUUUGUUUUGAAUUUCUAAAAAGAAAUAUUGAACAUAUUCUUAUAAACUGUACAGACUUGGAAGUUAUCUUUCUGGGUACUAGAAGUGUGUUAAUUAUUGUCUUCAUUUACUGAUAAAUUUGCAAUUCAGUGGUUCAAAGUUUCAAUUCAAAUUGAAUUAAGUGAAUUUUUCAGAUCUGUCCAUCUUGUUGUAAAAAAGUUGCAGGAUACCCAAUAAUGUUUUAUUACACGUUGAAUUUACUUAUUGAUUUAUCCAAUUCUAUUAGUUGAAGUGUUUCUUUUACUUGAGGAUUAGGCCACUUGUAAGGCUUUCAUUUCCAUUUCAAGUCUUCCAUUCAAUUUGAAUUCAAGUGAAUUUUUUAGAUCAGUCUAUCUUGUUGCAAUAAAGUUGCCGGUUAGCCAAUAGUUUUGUAUUACAAGUUGAAUUUACUUAUUGAUUUAUUCAAUUCUAUUAGUUGGAGUGUUUCUUUUACUUGAGGAUCAGGCCACUUUUAAGGCUUCUUCUAACAUUCAGUGAUAAAUAAACAAUCGAAUUUUGUUAUAAAAAUUUUUGUUUUUUCCAGUAACAAUAAUUUGUAUUCCACACACACACACACACACAAACUAUAAUUGUAUGUGUUGUCAUUUAGGAAUAUUAUGAUAGUGCAAAAAAUGAAAUAAUCUAAAAGUAAAUAUGUACUGGUAGGCUAUGUAACACUUGCAAUACCUCUGACUGACCUUACAGUAUCGUAAACCGGAUUUUCAAAUACUGUCCUAACAGUACGAUGUCUUCAAAAACUUCAACAUUUAAUAUAUUUUGAAUUCCCAUUGAAGAUAUUGUAAACUUUUGUGCAUAAUCAUUAUUUAUCAAAUUGUUUAACAUUAUUUCUUAAAAUAUUGUAAAGAUGUUACUGAAUUUCAUUAAAUGAAGUUAUAAAAUA